AUGCUGCAGCAGAUCCUGCAUGACAUGUACAUCGACCCCGAGCUCCUUGCCGAGCUCAGUGAUGUGCAGAAGCACAUCCUCUUCUACAAGAUGCGGGAGGAGCAGCUGAGGCGCUGGAAGGAGCGGGAGACUUCGGAGGCCCUGGCCCAGGACAAGGGUCUCAGGCAUCCAAAGACCAAGCGAGCAGCGAGUGACAAGCACAUCCAAUGGCUCCUAGGGGCAGAUGGCGAGGUCUGGGUCUGGAUCAUGGGAGAAGGCCCUGGUGACAAGCCCUACGAAGAGAUCUCUGAGGAGCUGAUUGCAGAGAGGGCGCGGCUGCAGGCACAGAGGGAAGCUGAGGAGCUCUGGAGACAGAAGGAGGCAGAGAUCACCAAGAAGUUCCGGGAUGCUCUGGCCAAUGAGAAAGCCCGGAUCUUGGCGGAGAAGUGGAAAGUGGAGAUGGAAGAUCGCAAGGCUGCCAAAGUCCUGGAGGAACGCAUCCACGAGGAAUUCAAGAGGAAAGAGGAAGAGGAGAGGAAGCAAGGAGAAGAGCAGAUUCGCCUUCAGGAAGAGCAGAGGGCGAAGGAGCUCUACUGGACCCUGAAGCAGGCUCAGCUGCAUUGCCAAGCCAGUGAGAAAGAGGAGCGAGAGUGGGAAGAACAGUUGCGCCGGUCCAAGGCGGCUGAUGAGGAGAGGAGCCGCGGAGCCCAGCGCGCCCGGGACGAGUACCGACGCCACUCGCUCCGUGCUAUCCAGAAGGGCACGGUCGCCGGCCUCAGCUCCAUGUUCCAGGAGCUUGGCCAGAGCCAUGAGCAGGAGGCAAGACUCUAUCACCACCUCCCUGGCCCGGGUCCGCCGCAGCCCCUCGCCCUGCCUGUCAGCAGGACCUGGGAGCGCCCGCUGCGCCCAGUCUCUAGAGAUGUCAUCGUCCGCUGGUUUAAGGAGGAGCAGCUGCCUCGCCGAGCUGGCUUCGAAAGGAACACCAAGUUCAUCGCCCCCUGGUUCCACGGAAUUAUUAGCCGAGAAGAUGCAGAAGAUCUCCUGGAGAACAUGACUGAAGGAGCAUUCCUGGUCCGGGUCAGUGAGAAAAUCUGGGGUUACACCCUCUCCUACCGCCUGCAGAAAGGGUUCAAACACUUUCUUGUGGAUGCCUCUGGGGAUUUUUACAGCUUCCUGGGAGUGGACCCCAAUCGCCAUGCAACGCUCACGGAUCUCGUUGAUUUCCAUAAGGAGGAAAUUAUCACUGUUUCAGGAGGAGAGUUACUUCAGGAACCCUGUGGACAGAGGGACAGCCCACCAGACUACCAUUUGUUGUUUGAAUAAUUUUUUUUCUUAUCAAUUGGAUUCUUUUUGGCAUCCUGUUUUUGAACUCAGCUUAAGAACUUCUCAACUCAAAUCCUAUGGCCUUCUGGGAGAUCCACCACUAUCCAGAGGAAAAAGUAGAUUAAUAUGUCUCAAGGGAUAUGACAUCUAUGGCAUAGGGCUACUGGUCUCAUCUCAGUGAUCAGGACAGAAAUUGCUAAUAGCUCAUGCAACUCUUUCAUGAAGAGCUUAGCUAUGACCUUAGAAGACAAAGCCUGUGUGUCAUGGCUUCCGUAAACUGAGCUCUUACAGUGCGUGGACCAUGUUUUAAUAAUCCAAAAUAAUUCCAGUGCCGACCCCUGAAUUUAACAUAUGGUAGACAUUCAGUAAAUGUUUAUUGAAUGAAUACAUGUCUUCUAAAAGUUUUCCAACACAAAUUAGCAGUGGUUUCUUGUAAAUUAUUUCCUACUCACCACUCUAUAAAAUCAUGGCAAUAAUAGAAGAUUAUGAAGGAUUUCUAUGGAGGACAUAAAUGCUGCAUCUUUCAUAAUCUCCAUUAUUACCCUCAUUGAUAUUAUCAUUGGAAUUAUCUAAGGUGAGCCCCAGUUUCCAGGGCAGCUGAUUGACACUGUCCUGCCUUCCUUAUUUAACCUCUUCUUUUGCCACUCGCCUCUAUCUUUGAAUCAUAUUUUGGCCCUCGUUUUGCAAUGGUUUUAUGUAAUCCUACAGAUGUCUUCAAGACCUGGGGUGACUUAUAAAUGCAAGAAUGGUUUUUAGAAAUCUGAUGAGGCCUCUGCUGUCUGGGAUGUGGCCCUCUCUAUGCAGGUUACUCCAAUGAUUAGCUCUGUCCUCAUUGUCCUUUUAAUUCCCUUGUCAACUUAAUCUCAGUAUGUUCCUUAUAUUAACAAGAAGACUCACCCAAUAACUCCUCAAUAACUCUCAGUGAUGGUAUCUAUUGGUGCAUACUUGUGUUCCACAGUUAUGGUCAUAUACACAGAGGUGUAUAUGAUGAAGAGAAGAUUACAGUCUUUACAGUCAAGAAGACUUGAGUUCAUAUCCUCACCCUGGAACUUACUAGCAUUAUAAUGCUUGCAGCAUUGUGUUUGGUGAGAGGAAAAGAAUGAAUGGAUUCUAGGGAUGUUAGGAAACAAUUUACUUUACCUGAUGGCUGUAUCCAACAUUUGUGCCCCACUUCUUCUCUUGCCUCACCUAUUCCUUAGAUUCUUGGUCACUUCUCUACCACAAGCCACCAGCACUAUAACCAGUUUUGCAUGGGUUCUGCUCUUCCUCCCCGUGUUGAUCAGUGUCAUGUGAGCAUAAGCCAAUGGUAGCUUGCCACAUGCCCCAUCUCCUGUUGCUGCAGAGGCAUAAGACAGAAGAGAUGGGAAGUGAAUGCCCCAUGUGGUGAAUCUGGGAUGAAUGGGAGUCACAGGCUGGUAGAUCGCUUUUUCCCCCUUCUUCCUCCUGGAGGAACUAUUCUGAGAGGCAUCUGUUUGUAUGGUCUUUUAGAAGACAGUCCUGCAAGAUCGAGCAACCAGUCAUGAUGAAACCAAGUGGUGGCCGGAUCAGUAUGACACCCCGCUGCCCCUGUUUUUUUCUUCUCUGCCUUGCCGUGCUCUCUCCUGUUGCUCUGGGAUUGCAUUUCUGAAUGAAGUAGCAGCUCAUAAGCUUUUGCCACAGGCUCUGCCUUUUGGGGAAUCCAGGAUAAGAACCCAUCAUACAGAAGUGUUCAAUGGUAUCAAUUUUGCAACUCAGCUCCAUGGCUUCUGCCGGUCUGCCUGUCUCACUACAUGCAUAAAGUGAAAUGAUGGAAGGAACCUGCUUUCUGAACUCUUAAUGUGCCUUCAUUGAUUAUCAUUAAAAUUAUCAUUAAAAUUUCCUUAUUUCUAUGGACUCAGAGGAACGAUGUUUUAGUUUUGGCUCUCUGAUUUACCAACUACGUGACUUUGUCCAAGUCAUUUAACUUCAGUAAACCUCGGUAUGACUGAAAAGGGAAUUUUCUGUAUGGCCAUCACUAGUUUUUUUUGCAGGUUAGUUAAAUGAUAAACAUGAAAGCUCUGUCCAAAUGAAAAAGGUAUUUCUAACAACAACCACAAUAACAACAACAACUUAGUGCUUAGCCCAUGAUGUGUCAGGGGAUAUGAUGUGAUGAUUUUCAAGGUGUUGGAAGAAACUUCUGUUCCAAGAACUACCAGCAGCUUUGAAAGCAGACCAAGAUGGGUUGAGACCCUGAAUCCCUGGGCUGUUGUUCCUGUCACCCCUAAUUAAUAUGUAAGAGACAACAGCUGGGUUUUCCAUCCCUAACACAUUUAUUUCAUUUUAUUUGGGGCCUGCAAUUUCUGCAUGUCUCAUAUAUUUUAGGUUUUACCUUUUUACCUGGCUUUAAAAUAAAUCCCUUGUAAGUUGUCCUGCAAAUGAAAUUACUGUGUGGAAAACUGCAGUUUCAUCUUGAGAGUUUUAUUAUGCUAAUAAAUGUCAGGAUUCUCAAAU